AUGAGACAUGUCCCGUUUUAUACGCCAAGAUUUCACAGUAGUCAAGAUGUCUGUGGAAAGGAAAAACGCGUUGCAAUCUGGUUCUUAGAUUUAGUAAAAAGGAAAAAUGAACAACAAUGGCAUUUUUCGAAUUAUUCUGAUACACAUUUUUUUCAAACGACCAUAAACGGAAUAACGUCAAGCCGACUUUACGCGAGUACGCUUACUACAUUGAUCGCCUUGCUGUUAAUGAUAAUGUCGUUGGUAAACUGGUCAUUUAAUGGCGAUAAUAACCACCACAAUGGCGGUUACUUUGACAAUGAUGAUUAUGUUCCUAAUGAUUGUUUUUCUGAUAAUAACGAUUGUUCAAAGCAAAGGAAGAGUCCUUCGAAAUAG